GAGUGAAAGGCAAGGGGACCCUCACCCAUGUUAAUUGAUGAAUAAGCCAAAGUGACUAUCUCCAUCAUACCUACACCCAUAUGCUCGACCCAUCCUCCAUCUAAAGAGUAGGAAUCUCUGCAAAAAACUCCAUUUUCAUCCACCAUUCACGCACCAAGCAAGGGGAGGAAGAAAGGAGGAAAGAGGAGAAGAGAAAAGAGGAGUUAAGGUGGGAAACUUGUGAUUUACAAGGUACUUCAAGAACUUUCACGGAGUUGAAAGGGUCGCCGGAGUUGUCGCCGGAGUUGUUGAAGUUCGCCGGAGUUUCACCGGGGCCAAAUCGGAGAGGCUAGAACUUCAUAAGCUUCAUUAAGGUUAAGGCUAGAGUCCUGCUACCUGCACCUUUGCCUAGGGUGAACUCAAAUAAGGAAGACGUGAAAUGGAGGGUAGAGGCAUGGCUACGAGGAACAACCCGAGAGGGCAAACUCCGGUGACGUCCGAAGGGGCUAGCCAGGUUGCAUCUCGGGGCGCAAGAGGCGGUAGGAGAGGCCGUGGAGGCCGUGGAGGCCGGGGAGGCCGUCGGGCUCAAACCGUGAGCGAUGGCCAUGUUAGCUCGGUGCAUGGAACUCACACCGAGGAUUAUGACUCUACCUAUGUUCCCGAGACGGAACAUGAGGAGACCCCAUAUGAUGGGGGUGAUACGUAUACUGAUGAUGACAACGAUGAGAGUGAUGCCAAAUUCGCCCAGAUGGGUGAACUGUUCGAGUGGUAUCAAAAGGAGAAGUUGAGGAGAGAUCUUAGGCGCCAAGCUAGGCGUGCCUCUCAGGGGGCUUCAGGUCACGGAAGCCGGGGAGCAUCAGUGGCUACACCUGUGGCGUCACAGGAAAUGCAUGGAGGAGGUUUUUGUGUAAGAAUCUCCAAAUACCUCAAGGAGGCUAGGGCCUUGGGGUGCAAGUCAUUUGACGGCAAGGGUGAUAUAUCGGUGGCUGCCGAUUGGAUAAAGAAGCUAAAUGAGGCUGCUAGGGAUAUGCAGAUCGGGCUUGAUAUAAAGCUGACAGUUGCUACCAGGUUACUGGAGGGAGUAGCCGCGGUAUGGUGGGAAGGCGUGGAAGGAAAGUUCCACGGUGAGACCACCUGGGAGAAAUUUGAAGUAGAAUUCUAUAAUCAGUACUACUCAGAGUUCGAAAAGAACCAGAAGAGGAAGGAGUACAUGACCCUGGUACAGGAGGAGGAUUGCUCGGUGAGGCAACUGGAACAAAGGUUCCGGGACUUGGCACGAUACAUACCUGAGUACGCCAUGGAUGAGAACCGCAUGGCUAAUCACUUCUGGGAUACCCUACAGUUGGAUAUCCGUGAUAGGGCCACCUACAAUCAUCACAUGACUUUUAGUGAGAUUGUGGAUCAAGGGCUACUUGGGGAAGCCAAGUGGAAUGAAAGGAAGAAGAGAGACGCCGAAGAGGCGAAGAAAAGAAGAUGGGGAAAUUCUGGACCCCAAGACCAUUCUCGGAAACAUCACGCCGGGAAUGGAAGAUCAUUCAGGGCGCCGGAACCACCGGCAAAGAAGAGUAAGGGCCCAGGAGGGCAAGGGCAUAGCUCGGGGAGCGUGAGGCCACCAAGGUGUCCAAACUGUAACAGGAAUCACUCCGGGAAGUGCAAUGAACCACCCCGGUGCUACAAGUGUGGUAGCACAAGCCACCUCAAACUCUCUUGCCCAAUGUUGAGUGGAGGUGGGCCAUCGGGAGCUGUUGAGGCACCUACGUCUGGUAGGGGUCGUGCGGGACCAUCUCAAGGCGGCACGGGAAGGGGCGGACCCACGGCCAGUAACGCCGCGUCCGUUAACCAAGGGAGGACCCAAGCACGGGUGUAUGCAAUGACCGAGGCCGAUGCUCGGGCUAACCCGGACUCUAUUGCAGGUUAAGGCUAGAGUCCUGCUACCUGCACCUUUGCCUAGGGUGAACUCAAAUAAGGAAGACGUGGUUCGUGCUUCCAUUCUUAUUUGAAAUUAUGAAAUUGCUCAUGGAUAUUUGAACGAUGUUUUCUAUUAAACUAUUGAAGGGCCUGCGUGCUCAUGGUUGCCACGUGUGGCUAAAUGUCAAACAUACUUUAUUUCCGCAUGUGUUUGAUUUAUAUAUUGAUGUUGAUUGUAUGGGUUUACUAAUCGGUUUGGCAAUAGAAUCUUUCGGACGCCUUGUAUGAUUUGAUAAGAAUGAACUACGUUGUUCUUAUUGGGUUGUACGGCGGUUGUCUACGUGGCACGGAUGCGGUCCGGGGCGUGACAUCUGACCGCCAUGAAUGCAGAUAUGGUCGCCAUGAAUGCAGAUCUAGAGAGCAUCGCCGGAGAUCUGACCGGCUCGAGCCUCCGUCGGUCGUCAGCCGAUGCCCCUGCAGAUCCAGCCACCGUCGCACCUUAUCUGUCAUCUGCUGCUGCAAAUCAGACUUCCUCAGUUGCAGAUCUGGCCGUUUCCGGCGUGAAUGCCAAGAUUUUUAUCAGAAUGCCAUCUAAUUGGCAUUUUCAAAGCACAAAGCAAAAUUUUGUAAGACAAAGAAUGCCAUUUUGAUGGCAUUUUCAGAUAGCAACUUGGCAUUUUGUAGCAAUCAAAGAAGAAAUAGAGUGUGGGGAAGAAGAAUAUCAUCUCCAACAGCGGCGACGGUGAAUUUCACGAUGGUGGCGGCGGAGGACUUCGCGACAGCGGCGGCGGCGAUGGGGAAGGAGAGAAGAUGAGCAGGUGAGGGCGGAGGUGGACUUAUUAGGGACUGACUUCUAGGUUUGUUGUUGCUGUGCGAAAGAGAAGAAGAGAAGAUGAGCUCGUGAAGGAGAAGAACGUAUGUGCACAGGGGAGAAAGAAGAAUGAUGCUUAAGAAGUAGAUGUCUCAAUGGUGUGCGCAGGAAAUUAAAGAGGAAGAAAUUAAGGGUAAAUGGGUAAUUUAGUCCUAUUUGGGGUAUAAAAAUAUACAUAGUCCCAUUUAAGAAUAUCAAGAACAAUUUAGUCCUAUUUAAGACAAAAAGUCCUAAUUAUUUCACACAGGGGCGGAGGGACGUUCAAGGUGAAGGGGGCCAUGGCCCCUCCCACGUUUUAUUUUCUUUAGUACUAGUAGUGCGUAAUUUUUUUUUGUCACCCUUUCUCACUAUUUUUUUUGAGCAAGCAUCAUGUACUUCUAGUAUAAUGUUUAUAAGCUUCUAAUUCGUUUUGUGGGGUGUAUCAACUAAGUAGGAAGUGAAAUUAAACAAGCAGGUUGUAAAAUUAAAGUUUAAGUUUAACUUG